AAAUGGACAAUUCAGUUGUUCCAAGUUUCAAUUAUAAUCGGCAAAAGGAAAAGAAAAUAUAGGUUCUUUAACUGGGAAAUGCCAUGAAAGCCAUUUCAAAGCUGAAAUGCAUAAGAAAUUCACUUUCUAGAUGUUAUACUUCCACACCGAAUGAUUCUUCUAGUAAAGCGCUUAACCUAUCAGCUUUGAUUGAUGAUUUCACUAGAUUCUGCUACCAAAAAGACCUCCCAAGAGCCAUCAAAGCUAUGGAUGCCAUGCAAAUCCACGACCUUCAUGCUGAUUCCAUCACCUACUCUGAGCUCAUCAAGUGUUGCUUGGCCCGUGGCGUUGUUCGAGAAGGCAAACUCGUUCACAACCACGUCUUCUCAAAAGGGUAUGAACCUAAAAAAUUUAUAAUCAACAUUUUGAUUAAUAUGUACGUGAAGUUUAAUCUCUUGGAGGACGCUAAAACAUUGUUCGAUAAAAUGCUUGAGAGAACCAUUGUUUCUUGGACAACAAUGAUAUGGGCUUAUUGUAAUGCUAAGAUGAAUGACAAGGUGUUUGAGUUCUUUAUUUUGAUGCUCAGAGAAGGUGUUAGACCAAAUUUGUACACCUACUCUUCCAUUUUGAGAUAUUGUGUUUGUUUACUUAAUCUUAGGCAGCUUCAUUGUGGAAUAAUUAAAGUUGGUUUGGAUUCUGAUGUGUUUGUUAGGAGUGCUUUGAUUGAUGUUUAUGCCAAAUGGGGUGAGUUGAAGAAUGCACUGUGUGUUUUUAAUGAGAUUGUGACCGGAGAUUUGGUUGGUUGGAACUCAAUCAUUGGAGGGUUUGCUCAGAAUAGUGAUGGUGAUGAGACUUUGAAUCUUUUCAAGAGAAUUAAGAGGGUUGGUUUUAUGGUGAAUCAGGCCACGCUAACAAGUGUUUUGAGGGCGUGUACUGGAUUAGCACUAUUAGAAUUGGGGACACAAGUCCAUGUUCAUGUAUUGAAGUAUGACCAAGAUUUGAUACUUAACAAUGCGCUUUUGGAUAUGUAUUGCAAGUGUGGUAGCUUGGAAGAUGCAAUUUUUUUUUUUGAUAGGAUGGUAGAGAGGGAUGUGAUUUCUUGGAGCACCAUGAUUGUAUGGUUGGCACAGAACGGAUACAGCCGAAAGGCACUGAAAUUGUUUGAGUUGAUGAAAGCCUCAGGGUUAGAACCAAAUUCUAUUACAAUUCUUGGUGUUCCAUUUUCUUGUAGCCAUGUAGGGCUUAUAGAAGAUGGGUUGUAUUAUUUCCAAUCUAUGAAGAAGCUUUAGGGGAUUGAACCAGAAAAUGAGCAUUAUGGCUACGUAAUUGAUCUUCUUGGAAGGGCUAGGAAGCUCGAUCAAGCAGUCAAGUUAAUACAUGAGAUGGAAUAUGAAUCAAGUGUUGUGACAUGGAGAGCUUUGCUAGGUGCAUGCAGGCGAAACCUUAUGUUUUUUUUAUAA